AUGAACGAGCACCGCGAGGAUCUGGAACGCAACCGUGCGACCAGCGAAAAAACGUUCGCCGAUUUUCUGUGGGCCAUACAUCAGUUGGAGCAAGACGUCGGCAGGAACAUGAGUGUUCUCCAGGAUCGUUCGUUGCUUAUCCUUGAUCAACAGAAGUCAUGCGCGAAUCACGACCGUCUGCGCGAAAAACUGUUAGCCGACAUCCCAAAGCAGAACCAUUCAACAUUUGAAACUCUAAAACAGGCGUUGCUCUUAUUGAAUUCACGCAUCCCAGAUUGCGUCUCGCCAACAUCACCCCCGCUGGAUACCACCACACCAACAACACCCCCAACAACGACUACAACUCAACCGACGGUUACUGAGCCCCCAACCUACGCAUCGUGCAAGGAUGCACCAGCAAAUGCUUCGGGAGUGUAUGUUAUUCGUAUAAGCAACGAUAGUGCACCGUUUAAAGUGUAUUGUGAGAUGGAAAAGUUUGGAGGUGGUUGGGUUGUAGUGCAACAUCGCUUCGACGGUUCGAUUGAUUUUAAUCGUAAUUGGGUAGAAUAUCGUGAAGGGUUUGGAAACUUAGACAAGGAGUUCUGGCUCGGCCUAGAGUACAUUCACCAACUCACGACAGCUCAUACUCACGAAUUAAUGGUAGAGGUGACAGACUUCAGUGGCAACUACGGGUAUACCCGCUAUAAUGCGUUUCAAAUCGGUAGCGAGAGUGAGCAAUACAUCCUUAAAACUGUGGGAUCGUAUAAUGGCACCGCAGGCAACUCACUGAUACAGCAGAAGGGUAGCAUGUUCUCAACAAGGGACAGGGAUAAUGAUGAGGGCUCCAAAAAUUGGGCGGACUUUUGUCAAGGCGCCUGGUGGUACGCCUUCGAGGAAUGA